AUGGGUCGGCCAGAUUUGGGUGCCCCCUUCAUGUACGCUGCCUAUGCCGUCUUUGACAUGGAGAACCAAGUCAUUCACCUGGCCGAUGCCGCCAAUUGUGGUUCUAACCUGGUGGCCAUCAAGAAAGGCCCAAACGGCGUUCCCUCGGUGGAUGGCGAUUGCCCCCCCCGCACCUUUUCCACGCCCACUCCCGAUGCUCCCGCAGCCAAAGCAACGCCGGAUGAGGCGGCUCCCGCAGCCGAAGCAACGCCGCAUGAGGCGGCUCCCGCAGCCGAAGCAACGCCGCAUGAGGCGCAAUCCGAAAUACAUAUAUCACUUGUGCAACAAGCCUCCAGUCCGCCACCCAUCCAAGUUUUCAAGACCGCUGUCCAAGAGCACUGCAACAAGAAUUCAGCUGAUCCAAAGCAAUGUAUGUUAGCCUGCGCCGAUUGUGUCCGUGGGUACGUGAGACGCUACCCUACCGCCGAUAAAUUCCCGCUCCACGGGAGUCUCUCCUGCGCGGACACAUGGCAGUUCUGCUUCAUGCGCAGCUUCGCGAACUGCCCCAAGCGUGCCAUUGAUUGCAAACGAGAGAAUGGCGGCAAGGUGUCGCGGGAUAACUUUGCUGCCAUCGCUGAGUGUGUAAAGAGACGCUGA